AUGCCGCAGCCAGACACCGCAUCUCUGCUUCGCCCCAAGACGUAUAGCGGCGUCAUGUUUGCAGCCGUGUUGACCAAGACGGCGCAAGAUGACACGGCGCUAUAUGGCGGCAUUUCGCUCUACGACCGACAGACCGCGUGGACAUGCGAGACCGCAUCCAGCACUCGCGUAUCGUCCGUGCAACAAAACCCGAGUGCCUACACCAAGCCGCCACACUUUCAUACCAAGCCGCCACGCUUUCAUUGCUGCUACAACUGCCAGGAAUCGUCGCAUCGGUCAAUCGACUGUCCGGAGUUGAAAAAUCUGCCGGGGUGGGAGGGUUAA